CCCGGGUUUAGAGUUGAAAGGUUACAGGCACGUCAACUCGGAGCAGGGUGCUCCAUGUGGGGAAAAUCUUUGGUUGUAGCGCAUGUUUUUGAGGAACUUGGAUAAUAAAUAUACAACAUAAAUAUAAAAAUAUUCUUAUCCUCCUUUUUGGAGUUCACACACAUUUACUUUAAAUAGUAUACAUGGGUAUUUGUUAGUGGUUCGGUGGGCAUGCGACUUCUGAAGUUGAAGAACAACACUUUGAAAUCCCACCAACUGGCAUUGUUUAUUGUUAAUUAUACACAUCGUUUUUGAAAAUACAUUUUUUCAAAAUCUAUUUCGUGGUAUUAGUUUUACAUUUAGACUAAGAAUUAAUAUGGGUAAAAACCGCACCGACACACCCGGAUCGAAGCGUGUGGCCGUGAAAAGGAGCACAGAUUCCGGUAACAUUGAGAAGGAAGGCAGCCAGAUGAAGCGAGAAGAAAUCAAAAGAAUGAGACACUUGGAAACGGUGACGGCGCUGGGCGAGAAGGAAGAUGCUGAGAAGUAUUUGGAAGAGUUGGUGUUUGGAGCAGAGGAUGAACUUCUCGAGAGGCUCGGCGCUGCAGAGACUAAAGGAGCUGUGAGUGGGAAUUUGCUGGACGAAGACUCCAGUGAUUCGGAAGUAGAAAAUGAAGCCCGGUUCCAGGUCCAGUCUGCCCAGAAGGCUGCCUGGGAGGACGAGGAUGACCAGGGGGAGGAGAUAGUUGACAUGACUCACCGCUUCAGGAAAGAUAUGGUGAAGAGUGAUGCGGAAAAGCAGCUGCCGAAGGGGAAAUUACAGCAGAGACUGAGGGAGCAAUUCCAGAGAGCAAUGGGUGGCACGCCAGCAUGGGCAGAAAAAAGGGUGUUGAAAAAAAAGAAAGGCAAGAAAAGUGAAGAAGAUGAUGGCAGUGAAGAGGAGGAGGAGGAGGAGAAUGAUUUGCUGCAUAGGACUGGCAACUUUGUGACAUCUUCCAAAUCUCUCCCCAAAGGUUUCAUAGAGAUAAAAAACUGCUUACAUGCGAACAACAACCGACCUUCAGAUGUCUGUUUAACAAGCGUUCAGUUUCACCCCUCGGCCCAGGUGAUCAUGACUGGAGGGGUAGACCAGUCUAUUUCCCUUUUCCAGGUGGAUGGCAAGACUAAUCCAAAAAUCCAGAGUAUCCACCUAGAGAAGUUUCCUGUAUACAAGGCCCGCUUCAGUGCUGACGGAGAACAAGUCAUUGCAACCAGCAUGCAUAAUAAAAUGUUCUACGUGUAUGAUAUGAUGGGAGGGAAAAUCAUACCCGUCUACGGUGUCAGAGGAUUAGAAGAGAAACGAGUAAAGCAGUUUGAGGUUUCUCCAGAUGGUUCACUGCUUCUUCUAACUGGGACUUCAGGAUAUCUCCACCUUCUGACAAUGAAGACAAAGGAGCUGGUUAGCAGCAUGAAGAUCAAUGGGAAAGCCGUUGGUGCUGCCUUCUCCCCUGAUGGAAGCAAAAUCUACACCAACUCUGAUGAAGGGGAGGUCUUUGUUUGGGAUGUUAAAAGCAGGACUUGCCUAAAUAGGUUUACAGAUGAAGGCUGUUUAAAAGGCACGUGCAUUGCUGUGUCCAGAAACGGACAGUAUUUGGCUUGUGGAUCGAAUUCUGGAGUGGUAAACGUCUACUCGCACGAUGUAUGUCUUCAGGAAUCAAACCCUAAGCCUUUAAAGGCCAUAAUGAAUCUGGUGACAUCAGCCACUUCCUUGUCUUUUAAUCCAACCACAGAAAUCCUUGCAGUGGCUUCCAACGCAGCGGAUGAAGCAGUCAAACUGGUACACAUCCCUAGUUUUACAGUAUUUUCAAACUUCCCUGUCAUGAAAAAGAAGGCCAUUCACCUGGCACAGUGUAUGGACUUCUCCCCUAGAAGUGGCUUUUUCUCCAUCGCAACCAACAAGGGCAAAGCUUUAUUGUACAGGUUAAAGCAUUACACAGAUUUUUAAACGGAUUCACCCAGUUCAUGUAUUAAUUCAGAUGUUCCAGUGGUGUAAUUGUGAUUGAAGCCAUUUGUUUUCCUGUACCUGGGACCAUGGAUGAGCAGUUUCCAAAAUAAAAAUACAUCUCAUUUCCUGUAUUUUUCACAUUUCUGAUUAACUUUCCCUUCUUCAUUGUUGUAUGGUGUUUAGGGAUGAUGAUUAUUAUUUUUUAUUUUAUUUUUUUAACCAUGUAUGCAUUUGUUUUCCUCUGCCAAAGCCUCUAAUACAAGAGACAAAUUUGUCUCUAUAUUGUUUGUGGGGGGAAAAAAGCAGAUUAGUUAAGGCCUAGAACUGUAAGACCAAACAAUUUAACUCACUUAACUCACCGUUUUUGUAAGGAUCUGUUCCUUUAUCAUUUAUUGUUUUGUAGUUAAUGAUGUAAAUUUUCAGAUUUUCUAAAGUGAUCGCUAAAGCAUAUUAGCAUUGUGCUGUGCCCAUAGGUGAAACCAGUGCAACAAUUAUAUGCUUCCCCACCUCACUUCAGAAAAUCUGCCUCGGAAUCUUUUCAGAAGACUUUUUUUUUUAUAGAUAUAUUUACUAUCGGAGUGCUCUCUCAAAGCAUGCAGUUGCAUAAUUAAAUAUUAGUAAAAUAAAGAUGAUCCCUUUAAAUUCC